CAGAGGCGGUGUCGUUGCCCCCUUUUUAUUUCCCCUUUCGUGUCCCGGUAGGAAUUAGGUUUCGACGCCAUGGAGAACGAUAGCUUCGACGCCCGAGUAAAGCGCCUCUUCGGCUCUCGUCUCUUCGAUACCGUUCCCGAAAACUCCUUCCCGGCGUCUUCUUGGAACGUCGCUGCUGGCGAUGUCGAGCGGCAACGCUGGAUCCGGGAGAAAGCCCCCGGCACCGACCGCGAGGAUGACCCCUGUGCCUCCGCAUUUGAUGAAGGAGGUUGCUUCGCGCAGAAAUCCAAGAGGUCCAAAAGGGACCGCAAGAGGAAGUCGAAAGACGACCUGGAUGGAUUCGAUGAGGAGGAGGAGGAGUUGGACACCGAAGGUAGUGGCGAGGAAGACGAUGAAGCCAAUGAUGAAGACCAAGAGGCGCAGCAUGUUAGGGCUUCUGUGGGGCUCGAUCCAACCCUCGACCGUGAGGAGGAGGAGGAUGAAUAUGAUAUGGCAGCCAUGAAUCGGAAAGUUACCAUGGAGCGCAUAUACAUGAAAGAUGUCAAUGACUACGGCCCUUUUUUGAACUUCCACGCGGCAAUCCCUGAUUCCCUUGAUGAUUUGUCCGAAGAGGUCCAUGAUUUUAGUAGAGAUCCCCGUGCUGACCAUUUUGCAGCCAGUGUAAGGCUCAGCGAAGAUGUCAAGGCAGUGGGAAAUAACCAAAUUGCUGAAGAUGGCAUCAAAUUGAAGUCUAUUCUGAAAAGGAAAGCAAAUCAUAUUGAUUCCAACCCAAAAAAACGUGUUCAUUUUAGUCCAGGAUGCAACGACAGCAAUUUUAAGGCUAAUGAAGAACAAGUGUCUCUUGUAGCCCCUCAGGCCACGGAGGCAAUGGUUGAUGGAGAAAACAAUUUACAAAUUCCUGAAGACCACCCUAAAAUCCCCGAUUACUUGAGGAACCCCACUAAGUAUACUUGCUACAGCCUGGAGUCAUCAAUUGAUGUGGAUGAUGGAACUAACAAGAAGGCAUUUGAAGAUUUAAGAAAUUUGAUGAAGCAUUCAAACCCUGCUGAGACGGUGGCACUUGAGAGUUCUGCUGCACUUCCAAUGUCCAUCACUUUCACACCUCAGAAGAAAUCACAAGGUAAUAUGUUGAUCGACAGCAGCUGCCAAACCCAUUCCCUUGGAAUAUCAAUAGACACAUCUGAAAAUGAUACAUGUGGAAUGGAUGAAGAUGAUACUCGUGUAGGAGAAGCUAGCACUCGUGGAAGAAAAGCUCCGCGAAAUUAUCGAUCAAAGUCAUCCGAUGAUUCAUAACUUCCUUUUUUUUAAUGUUGUAAUGUUUUGUGGUCAUGAAGCCUCGCUGUGGAACAAUUUUUAUUCAGGGUGUGAUUUUGCUACAUGUAGUGUCUAGAUGCACCAUAUAAGUCUUUCUAGCUAUCAGGCUCAAGUAAAGUUUAUUGGGUUAAUAGUUGCUUGAAGACAUUUACUUUGCAUCA